UACCUCACGCCAACGGCCACGCGGCCUGGCUCAAAACCCCCUUGGAAAAGAAAAAGAAAGGUUUUUCUAAACGGUAGGGUUUUAGCUAAAACCCUUGACACUAUCUAUCAUCACCAUCACCAUGGCUAUGAGAGCUAGGGUGGCUUUGGCGGCAGCUCCCCGCAGCUUGCUGCGCUUCUUCUCAACAACCUCCACUUCAUCCUUCAUUCCUCCGCCCACCACGGCGGAGACUUCUGCUCGAGAAAAAGCUGAGCCCAACACCAAUCUCUUUGUCUCUGGACUUAGCAAACGAACUACUACAGAGGGACUAAGGGAAGCAUUUUCCAAGUUUGGUGAACUGGUUCAUGCCAGAGUGGUGACUGAUAGGGUGUCAGGAUAUUCUAAGGGGUUUGGUUUUGUCAGAUAUGCUAGCUUGGAAGAUGCUGCCAAAGGUAUAGAAGGCAUGGAUGGGAAGUUUUUGGAUGGCUGGGUUAUAUUCGCCGAGUAUGCAAGACCCAGGCCAUCACCUACCCCACCUGGGAACAACAUAGGUCCUGGAUAUGGGAGCAACACUGGUCCUGCAUAUGGGAGCAAUGCAGGCCCUGCAUAUGGGAAUGCUGCAAGUCCUGCGUAUCAGAACGACACGUGCCCUGCAUAUCAGAACAACACAGGUCCUGCAUAUGGGAGCAAUGCAAGCCCUGCAUAUGGGAAUGCCGCUGGUCCUGCAUAUGGGAGCAAUAUGGGUCCUGCAUACGGGAAUGUUGCGGGUCCUGCAUAUGGGAGCAAUCCAGGUCCUGAAUAUGGGAAUGCAACGGGUCCUGCAUAUGGUAAUACUACGGGUUCUGCAUAUGUGAGCCAUACGUCUCCUAAUGGGAGUUCCACAGAGCCUGCAAAUGUGAGCAAAGUGGGUUUCGCAAACGGGAGCUAUAGCCGUGGUCCAACAUAUGGGAGCAACAUGGGCCCUGCAUAUGAGUCCAGUAAUGGUCCUGCAUAUGGUAAUACAACCACUCCCGCUUGUGGGAAUGCUUCGGGGCCUGUGUAUGGAAACAUGGAUCCUACUUACAGUAAUGAGUAUGGCCAUCAAUGAUCUAUAUGAAGUUAACAAGCUCAGCAUCUUGCAAACUUUUUCUAGUCCGUGAAGAGCCUUUAUGAAUUCUUUAAUGUUGCUCUGGUUUUUCUUUCAAAGCUUGGCGAUUGCAAGCGUUGGAGUAACAUUACAAUGAGCGAAUUGAACUUAGAAGUAUGUGAAUUCAAAAUGUUGGAACAACACUCUUAUUAGCUAUUUUCAUAAAACAUGUUGUCUUACGAAGCAAGUUCUCCAUGAACCAAGGAAAUCUGUCUGAAAACUGGACCAUUGAGAAGUUUGUUUGGGGUGUUGUUUGAAUUAUUCGAACAGAAAUUACAUCUGAGCUUCAAAAUAAGAGUUGUUUCUAAAUUCAGUG